AGCGCCUGGGGACUGGGGGCGCUGCGCUCCAUGACCUGUCUGCGUCGGCGUGCGCCCUGGCGGCGCGAGGUCGCAGGUGGGCGAUGUCGCACCGGCUGGCGGCGGUGGCUGGCAGUCGGGCGGUGACCGGGCCGCUUUCGGUGCUGUGGCGAUGCGGCGCCACGGCUGCGGCUGGCGCCAGGGCCCUCGGCACCGCCCAGCAGAAUCUGGUGAACUAAAGAAUGCUGAGCCUGGAGGAGAUGGAAACAAGAGAGGAGGGAGGCAGGAUAGCUUUGCCUGGUGGAAACGGAUGCAGAAGGGCGAGUUCCCCUGGGAUGACAAGGAUUUCCGAAAUCUGGCCAUUUUGGGUGCAGGUGUAUCUGUGGGGUUUUUCUACUUCUAUUUUCGAGAUCCUGGAAAAGAGAUCACCUGGAAACACUUUGUCCAGUAUUACCUGGCCAGAGGUCUGGUGAGUGAACUUUGUCUGCCUGGGAAGGUGCUGUGGUGGUAUGCCCUUGCAGGAGACAGGUGGUGCCCCAAGAGUCAGUCCUGCUGGGGGGUGUCCUUCAUGGCUCAGUUUUGUUUUUCCAGGAGAUACCCCAGCAGAACAGCACAUCAUGAUGUCUUCAUGGUCUCCUUGGUUCUCAGCUCUUUCCUGCGAAGCCUGGUGCCUACUCUUCUCCUGGUUGGCAUCCUGCUCUAUGCUGUGAGAAGGGGUCCAAUGGGGGCCGGGCGCAGCGGACGAGGAGGGGGCCUCUUCAGCGUUGGUGAGACAACAGCCAAGAUCCUAAAGCACGACAUCAAUGUGCGGUUUGCAGAUGUGGCUGGCUGUGAAGAGGCCAAACUGGAAAUUAUGGAGUUUGUGAAUUUCUUGAAGAACCCCAAGCAGUAUCAGGACUUAGGAGCCAAAAUUCCAAAGGGAGCCAUGCUGACAGGUCCACCCGGUACUGGCAAAACACUUCUUGCCAAGGCGACUGCAGGAGAGGCCAGUGUGCCCUUUAUCACUGUGAAUGGAUCCGAGUUCCUGGAAAUGUUUGUCGGUGUUGGACCAGCAAGGGUUCGUGACAUGUUUGCAAUGGCCCGUAGAAACGCUCCUUGUAUCUUAUUUAUUGAUGAGAUCGAUGCAAUUGGCAGGAAGCGAGGCCGCGGGCACCUUGGAGGCCAGAGCGAGCAGGAAAACACGCUGAACCAGAUGCUCGUGGAGAUGGAUGGGUUCAACUCUACCACCAAUGUGGUGGUGCUGGCCGGCACCAACCGCCCUGACAUCCUUGAUCCAGCCCUGACGCGGCCCGGCCGGUUUGAUCGCCAGAUUUACCUUGGCCCCCCUGACAUCAAAGGCAGGUCCUCCAUCUUCAAGGUCCACCUGCGUCCUCUCAAGCUGGAUGAGAGCCUCAGGAAUGAUGCCCUGGCAAGGAAGCUGGCAGCACUCACUCCAGGCUUCACUGGUGCUGAUAUCUCUAACGUGUGCAAUGAAGCAGCCCUGAUUGCUGCCCGCCACCUGAGUGCUUUUGUCCAGCAGAAGCAUUUUGAGCAGGCCAUUGAGAGAGUCAUCGGAGGCUUUGAGAAGAAGACUCAGGUCUUGCAGCCCAGUGAAAAGACAACCGUGGCCUACCAUGAGGCAGGGCACGCAGUGGUAGGCUGGUUCUUGGAGCAUGCAGACCCCUUGCUGAAGGUGUCCAUCAUCCCCCGGGGCAAGGGGCUGGGGUACGCCCAGUACCUUCCCCGUGAGCAGUACCUCUAUACGCGGGAGCAGCUUUUUGACCGCAUGUGCAUGAUGCUGGGCGGCAGGGUGGCUGAGCAGCUGUUCUUUGGGCAGAUCACCACUGGGGCUCAGGAUGACUUGAGGAAGGUCACCCAGAGCGCCUAUGCCCAGAUUGUGCAGUUUGGGAUGAGUGAGAAGCUGGGCCAGGUGUCCUUCGACAUCCCCCAGCAAGGUGAAGCCCUGGUUGAAAAGCCGUACAGUGAGGCCACAGCCCAGCUUAUUGAUGAGGAGGUGCGGCGCCUCAUUGGCUCUGCCUACGACCGCACCCUGGAGUUGCUGACUAGGUGCCGGGAGCAGGUGGAGAAGGUAGGCAAGCGGCUCCUGGAAAAAGAAGUGCUGGAGAAGGCCGACAUGGUGGAGCUGUUGGGCCCUCGGCCCUUCGUGGAGAAGUGCACCUAUGAGGAGUUCGUGGAGGGCACUGGUAGCCUAGAGGAGGAUACAUCGCUUCCUGAGGGCCUGAAGGGCUGGAACCAGGGACGGGGGGGGGGCACAGAGCAGCACUUGCAGGAGAGCCCUGCAUGGCCUGUGUGCAGCCACCUGCGGUCACGAUGGCUGGGCUCUCAGGCAGCAGCUGCUACCCAGAGCUUUUGCAGAACAGCUGCCAGAGUAACUGGAAAACAAAUUAAAAUAAGUGACAACCCCAGACAGACAUCUUAGAUCAGGUGCUCACGGUCUAGAGAGGAGAGGGAGGGGAGUUGGCAGCCACCAGAGAGGAGGUAGCUGAAGGGGCAGACGAGGUUCUCCAGCCCUUGGACCUCAUUCCUAGGGUGACUUUGGUCAGAGGGAGAGACAUCUGGGCUCUGACCCGUGGGAGCCAAGGAAGGACAAGAAUCUUCCUGGGGAGCCCUGGGUGUAGUGGCCACUAGGAAUCUUGAUCUUGUGGUGGAGACAGGCCCUCAGUGUCCUAGUGAGCCUGUCCGUGGGGAGGUGUGAAGGUGGGUUGUCUCAAAAUGGCUUGGAGGAAGAGUCUGGCCCAGCACAGAUACCCCAAGGUUUGGUGAGGUAAAGAAAAGGAAGUGGUAAGCCAGUUAGUUACCAAGGACAUCUGGGUCCACAGUGGCCAUUGUAUGGGGGAGAGUGGUGGUUUGGUAACCAAAAAGGAAACGUCACCACACUUGUAUCCCUGAGUUGAAGGCAGGGGUCAUAGGGCGCCAUCUGGGGCCUGGGCCCUGGGUGGGCAUGCCUUACUGACCACGAUGAGUAGAGAUUCUGCUUUCCCCCAAAUCCCUUGUGUGGAGGUUUAGGGGAGGGUCUGGGCUGAUCCCCCAUGGCCUCCCCACAGCACUGAGGGAGGGUUUGUAGGGCCUUGAAGCCUCUGCAGAUGCCGCCUCUAUUAAUCCUCCUCUAUCUUUUUCAAUAAAAAGAAGACUGGUUCCGGGUCAUGAGCUCCAGACCUCAUGAUGCCCUGAAUUGAAA